AUGACAGCGUCCAAUGUGUUGCCACGGGACUCGUCUGCCACGGAUGACCCCACGCCGAGUGAGGUGGACUCCUCCUACACGCAUCCCCUCGACGUGAGCGACGCGCCCUUCAAGCUGUACGGAGAGUCCGCCCCGUAUGCCAAGGAAGACGCUGGCCACAUCUUCUCCUCCGCCAAAGUGCAGAGCUACGACCCCGCCAUCCUCUUCAACGAUGGGCAACUGCAAGAAGGGCACCAGGGGUUAAUCAACCCCACCGGCAGCCUCGGCGCUGGCCGAUCAGGGGAUUCGCCGCUGGCAGCCGAUGACCCGGAGACAGCAACGCAAACGACCGAGGAUGAAGAGAGCGACGCCGUCAUGCGCUCUGGACGCGACAAGCAAGGCGCCGCGGGUGCGGCAGCGAUGGCUGCGGCGAUGCUCGACUCGCGCCGCGCGGCUGAAGGCAUAGCCAUGGUACCAGGCCACCCGCUCCCGGUCGUCUUCCCACGAUCUGACGGGCUGUCGCCGGCUUCGCGCGUCGUCAAGAAGUUCGGCUCCGGAGGUUUGCACGAGACACACGCUGGAAAGCAGGCACGUCAGACGAGGGAGAGCAGCGAAGAGAACGGUGAUGCGAUCAUGUGCGGUGAGGUCAUGGAGAGUGAGCGGUGCGUCGAGUCGCACAGCCUGCAGCACAGCAUUACAUGGCGGGUCCAGGUGCUUGAUGAGCACUGCAAGCCCACUCCCAUACAGCACUUUCAGCACUUCCGCGACGCGAUGGAUGUGCUGCCGGCGCGUGUAAUGCAGGGGCUGAGUGAAUCAGGGCUCACGCGCCCGACGCUCUUCCAGUCGGCCGCGAUCCCGCAGCUGAUGCGCGGGCGCGAUGUCGUCGGCAUCGCUCCCAAUGGCAGCGGCACGACACUCGCUUACGCCGUGCGGUCCAUGGCCGUGCUCGUGAAGGUCAAGGCCGCCGAGGAGCAGGAGCGGCUGGCGAAGGUGGUGGAAGAGGGCGCCGAGUCGGCGCCACUGCCGCCAGAGCUGUCUGAGGCGCCGUCAUCAUCGUCUGGCGAGGUCGUGGCGCACCCGAUUGUGGUUGUGCUGUGCACCAACCGCCAAACGGUGCUGCGGACGGCCGCGAUGUACAGCAGCCUCGCUGGCGAAGACGUUCGACUCGUGGCAGCGUAUCAGUUGGUGAACGGUGGCGAUGAAGAAGGCCAGCGGAGCGCCAUUCGCCGGAAGAAGGGCUGCGACGUAAUUGUGGCCACGCCAGCUUGCCUGACGGCGUUGGUGCACGAGGGCCAUGUCGCUCUGAGUCGCGUGCACGUACUGGUGGUAGACAGAACGAACCAUCUCUUGGCGGUGGACCCCACCCCGAAUGGCCGCUCAGCGUUGCAGCAUGUCGAGGACAUAAUGCACGCUGUGAAAGAGAACGGCGUCGCGCAUCAGUUUUCUCUGUGGUGCACCGAGUUGGGGCCGUCCCUCGAGUCCCUCGUGCGCAAGUACAUGUCACCGCUGACCGUGACGGUGAUGGCGACGCGCGAGGAGCACACAAACGCGAAUGUGCGCCAGAUCCUGUACCCGCUGCCCAGUCGCGAUGACCGUAUCAAGGCCAUCCAGCAGCUGUACGACCAGGGCACCAUCUUGAAGCGCGACCAGGUGGUGGUGUACUGCGCCUAUCGCGAGACCGCCGAGGAGGUGAGGAGGGAGCUGAUUAAGGCGCUGUCUGCCCCGUCGUCCAUGGUUCAGUGUGUGCACAGCGGCCUGCGCUCUCGCAAGCGCAACGAACUCCUCAAGGCCUUCCAGCACGGGGACAUACGCAUUUUGGUUGUCACGGACGUGGCGACAAAGCGACUCGAUGUCGAGGAGCUGGAGCACGUCAUCCACUACGACCUGCCUGCCGUCACGGAGGUGUACAUGCAGCGCGUUAGCCAGGUGGACCGCUCCUGCCGCCAAGGGACGUCGCACACCUUCCUCACCCCAGGCGACACCCGCGUGCCGAGAAUUGCCAGAUUUGUGGAGAAGCAGACGGAACACGCCCUCAACGAUGACAUCCGCAAGAUAAUCGCGGACAUCGAGACCGCGGACGGCGAGGACAGCUGGGUCACCCCGGUGCUGCGCAUGCAUGGCCACGCCGUGUCGAACACGAAAUGGCAGGUGCGCGGACGGCGGGAGAUACGGCAGCAAGUAGAGACGCUCUCUGGUCUAGUGUGCGAGUCGGACAAGAAGCCUGUGGGCUAG